GUAACCAUCUCCUCCAUUAUUCCUUCACGGGGGUCUCCGAUCCAGUUCCUGGACUGCCUAUGUUUUCUAUUGUCCAGUUCUUGGAUGACCAAACGACAACAAAAUACAACAGUGACACUGGUGAAACCCGGCCUGGGGUCCCCUGGAUGGACAAAGGAGAUCUGGAACAGUGGGGACAUCCAUUGUAUGAACACACAGGAUGGUGGAAGAUGGCGUUCAAACACAAUGUCAAGACGGCCAUGAGUCGAUUUAACCAGACUGGGGGUUUCCAUGUGACUCAGCUGAUGUACGGAUGCGAGCUGAGGUCAGAUAACAGUACCAGGCUGUAUUAUCGGUAUGGCUAUGAUGGCAGAGAUUUCAUCACACUGGAGACUGACAGAUGGGUGUUUGAACCCGGGGUGUACGAAGCUCAGAUCAGCACGCAGAGAUGGAACAGCGAGGAAGACGGCGCAGGUCAGAGAUGGAAACAUAUCCUGGGAGUGAGGUGUGUGGAGUUCCUGAAGAAAUAUUUUGAUUACGGAAGAAAAGAGCUGGAGCGGAAAGUUGCUCCAGAGGGGAAGAUCUUGACUCGGAAAUCAAAUGGUGUGACAGCCCUCCACUGUUAUGCCUACGGCUUCUACCCGCGGGAGGUGGAAGUGAAAUGGGUGAAGAAUGGGCAAGAUACGGUCUACUACGAUGAGGCCACGCCUAUCCUGCCCAAUCCAGAUGGCACGUACCAGGUCAUAAUCACCUUGAAAGUGUCACCAGAAGAUGAAAGUUCCUACUCGUGUCACGUCGAUCACAGUGGCCUUGUGGAGGAACUCAUUGUACCAUGGGGUGAGCAUGAACCAUACGAAUAA